GCGACGCAAGCCACGCGCAGCCACGCGCCGCGAGGAGCACGGGCAGCACGGGAGGAGCACCGCCCGCAUCAUAUGAAGCCGGCAGGGCAAAGGGGCUCGGCUGAAACAUCUCACACAGACACUGAAGACAAUUCGAGAGACGCAGCAACAACAACGACAACAACCACAGCAACAAGAAGAAAGCGAGCCGGGGGUGUCUCUCUGGGUCCCCUUGACCUUUCACAGGAGUGACCGCGUCUCUGGCAGCUUGUGCAUGAGCCUUCGGAAGACGUUGACAGCCACGGACGAGUGACCCCGUGGGCAGCGUGCUGUGUCGAUCUGAGCUGACCCUCUUGUCCGCGAGCUGGCGGCGGCGAGGGUUUGAACCUGGGUCCCGGGUUGGAGGAGGAAGAGUGAGGAGGGAGUGAGAAGGAGGAGGGAGUGACGAGGAGGAGGAGGAGUGCUGCAAGUGGCGCAGGCGGCGGCGGGGGGGGGGGACAAAAAAGCGCUCUCUGGAGUUUGUCGUCUCGACCAAAAAAAGCAUCCCCACCCGAGGGCGCGCGGAAGCUCUGCCGAAAAUCAAGAUCACAGCGCAGGAGAAGGCGGCAGGGCCGUCAGCCAGGGACCUGGGGGCAAACAUGACGUGGCAAAGCUCAGGAGAUGUUGGUGUUGCCAUCGGGGUUGCCAUGCCCGCUCUCUGGAUCCUCCUCUCGUUCUGCGUCCUCAGUGGCGAGGCUGGCAGCAGGCCGGCGGCGCUGCUGUCGCGGCCGAAGCGGCAGGCGCUCUCCGUGGGCGAGUGGGGGCCCUGGUCAGCCUGGAGCCCGUGCUCCCUCUCCUGCGGCGGCGGCGUCACCCUCCGGAGCAGGCGGUGUGCCUCCAGAUUUCCGGACACAGAACCCUGUCAGGGGGACGAGCGCCAGUACCAGGCCUGCAACAUGGUGGUGGAAUGUCCUCAAGGCUCGGUAGAUUUCAGGGAAAUGCAGUGCACCUUAUACAACGACCGCCCAAUCCGGGGACACGGAGGAAUAUUUCAGUGGACUCCCUUUCACGGAGCUAUAAACCAGUGCGAGCUGAACUGCCUCGCCACGGGACAGAACUUCUAUUACAACUUUGGCCGGGUGCUCGAUGGGACUCGCUGUGGCAUGGACUUGGGCCAACUUUGCGUCAAUGGUCAGUGCCUGGCUGCGGGUUGUGACCUCAUCCUGGGAUCGGGAGCCAAGGAGGAUGCCUGCCGCGUGUGCGGCGGCCACAACGAUACCUGCCAGCACUUCCGGAGCAUCUUCAUGUCGUCGCACCCCUCUACCGGCCACUUCGGCUACAGCGAGGUGGCCACGAUCCCGGCCGGUGCCACCCACAUCCGCGUGAGCGACAACAGUCGCAACUACCUGGCGCUGAUGAAUGGCCACCGUCGUUACGUGAUCAACGGGAACUGGGUGAUCGACUGGCCGGGCGAGUACGUGGUGACGGGAACCAAGGUGCUGUACAAGCGCUCGGCGGACAAACAGGAGACCAUGGAGGCGGCCGGGCCCACGGGCGAAGACCUUCACGUCAUGGUGCUGUUCCGUGAGCAGAACCCUGGCAUUGAAUACGAGUACUGGCUGCCCAGCGAGAGGCACAGCCACAUACAGGAAACGCAACGUGCUCUCCUGGAUGCGGGCUGGCCCGCCGACCUACUGCCCUGGCCACCGGUCAUCAGCACUACCCCUCCUACCACCACCACUACUGCCACGACCACCACCACCAUCACCCCAUAUCGGCCUCACUUUCCACAUGGCUGGCCAGGAUUUUGGCCACACCAACAACCACAUCAACAACCUCAACAGCAGUCCCACCCACCUGACCAGCAGCAACCCCACCAUCAUUAUCCUCAUUCGCAACCUCAUCAUUCGCAACCUCAUCACCAUCCCCAUCAGCCUCAUCAGCAAUCCCAGCUGCAGAUGCAUCAGCCUCACCAGCAGCAGCAGCAGCAGCCUCACCAGCAACAUGAGCAACCUCAUCACCAUCCCCAUCAGCCCCAUCAGCCUCAUCAGCAGCAGCAGCCUCACCACCAACAUGAGCAACCGAGGCACCAUCCCCACGAACCUCACCAGCAAUCUCAGGUGCAGAUGCACCAGCCAUACCAGCAGCCGCAGCAGCAGUCCCCCCACCACAAACCUCUCCAUCACGAGCAGCACCACGAGCAGUCGCACCAACCUCAGCAGCAGCAGCAGCCUCCCCCGGAGCGCCAGCGCUACGGCGCUCACCCUGCACACGGGCAGCAACACCCGCACGCCAGCUCCGCCGCCAGCUACGGAGACCACCGCCAGCACCAGCAGCAGCAGCACCAGCACCAGCAGCAGCACCAGCAGCAGCAGCACCACCAGCACCAGCAGCACCAGCAGCACCAGCAGCAGCAGACCCCCAACCGGGUGCCGCAGAGUGGCCAGCAAGGGCACGGCGCGGCAGGGCCCCGUGACGCCGCGUCCCCUCCGCGCCACGACGUCCAGAACUCGGUGCAGCAGCGCUACGAGCCCCCGCGGAGCGUCCUGCGGCCACGACUGCCCCCGCCGCCUCCCCCCGAAUAUUGCUCGCGGUGCAAGAAGGUCCGAGGAAGGUCAAACAGGAUCAAGCAGUUCUGUGAGAAGGAUUUCGUAUUCCGCGGCAAGGUGCUGGGCAAGAAGACGAUGGGCCUGGAGACUCGCUACGAGGUGCAGGUGACACGCACGUACAAGAGCGACUUCCCGCUGACGACGCGCGAAUACGUGUGGGUGCCCAACGUGUGCGAGUGCCCGCGCGUGCUGGAGCACCGCGAGUACGUCUUCAUGGCGCGCCGUCACGUCAACUUCGAGCGCACGCUCAACCGCAUCCUCCUGGAGCACGACAGCUUCCUGAGGCUCUUCCAGGCCCGAGGAGACGCGUCUCAUGAAGGGCCUGGCCGACCUGUGCCGCAAGCGCAAGCUCAACCCCGGCGCUGCGGGCUAGCGGGGCUAGCGGGGCUAGCGGGGCUAGCGGGGCUAGCGGGGCUAGCGGGGCUAGCGGGGCUAGCGGGGCUAGUGGCUGGCGGCCAGCGGAGCCUGCUGUGCUUGGUACCCCUCCACUUCCUCCGCCUGCCCCCCCACCCCCGUGCCUACGAAACAGACCCUGAGGACAUAUUUGUUCCACUUCGCUGCCUGCCCUUCCUUCCGUCUUUUCAGCGACUUAACGGCUGUGACUGACUGCUGCUGCUGCGCGCGGGGCGGCAGGUGGGCCCGAUGAAGCCUCUCGCUUCAGUUCAAGCCGAACGCAAAUGUUCGCCAAAGAUGACAGAGCAGACGUUGGGGUCGUGUUGCUGCUCACCGAGGUGCUGCGGGGGCCCUGACGAGUGAAGAGGCAAAAGUGGCUCCAUUCUUCCGACCAAAAAAACCAGAAUGACAUGCUUCGAUUUGUACUUUCUUUUUACACUUCUGCUGCAUCCAUACACGGAGGGAAAUGGGCUUAAAGGAGACCGGCUUUAUUGGCGUGUUUACCUCAAAACUGUUAGCUGGUAAAGGCAAAGGUCAAUGAAUGGCCAAGAAUGCGGCUUGCCUCAUCUGUGCAUUUAUUACACGUACGUAAUUAUAGGCAGCUUCAAGUGGUGUACAAAUGCCGUGGUAAUGCUGGCCACAGCCCGUGGCUCAAUGUGCUUCGCUGAUCUGGUGAAUGAGGAGCACGCCAUGUUGAGAGGUUGUGGUGCCCGUUUCAAAAGAGAAGCACAGCCCCCUCUCUUUUCAUUUGCAUCUCCCUAGUCGCAGCUUUACAAGCACUUACUCGAGUUAAUUAUUUCCUGCCAGACAACGGUGUUAAUCAGUGACCAGAGACGCCUUGCAAAGAGACUUAAAAUCUAGAAGAACCAGUAUGGUAAUGACGUGUGUAUGAGUCUCUUACUAAGGACUAAAGCUGAGAGGUUCAAACUAUUAAAGAAUUAAAUUAUUUUUUUACUUUACCAGGUAAGGUUCACUGAGCUAUGUAGCUCUUUUUCAGAAGCGACCUGGCCACAGACGAUAGCUCAACAAAGUGGCUUAUCGUGUGGCAAUUUAUAGCAGCCAAAUACUCUAAACCCACGUUGAUUACAAUUAUAAAUGUGGAGGGGAAAACCGGAGGGCCUGGAGAAAAAUCCACGCCACCACAGGGAGAACAUGCAAACUCCAAAUGUACAGGCGUCAUGGUUCGGGAUGAAACCCACAAUCUCCUGUAUACCAGGUGAGGUAGUUAACAUCUCGUCCUCGUGGCACCCCGAAAAAAAUUGUGUUUUAAGCGUUCUCACAAAACAUUGAUAGAAAAUAAAUCAAUUAAUAACAUGUGAAGGGCACAAAAUAUGCGCAUUGCACGAGUGUGAAUGGCGCAAGAAGAGGCAUAUAAUGAACAAACUUUGGGCAUAUUCCAGGCAUGAAUCAGUUGGUCAAGGUUGCACUAAACUAUCAUGCAAUCCGUAUUUAUCUUUCAUCACCCAUACCAUUCUUUGCAACGGUAAGCCUUUUAAUUCUCUUCGUCAGUUAUAAAAUUUUGUUUUUUUUAUUCAAUGGAGAUUUAAAGGCUGGAUAACAUCAGAAUACAUUUCUUAACAGUGUUUCUUUAAGGAUGGAGAGAAUGUUUGAAGAUAAGCGGACGGAAUUGGACUUGAUGAACCUCAGACGGUGGUUCACCAAACGUAUAAAUGGUGCUUUGACUUGCCCCAAGAAGGUCACUUUGACAAAAGCCCGAGUGUUUGCUUUAACGUGCCAUCGUAGAGUCCAUUUUCGUGGCUUUUUCUGUAAUCCACACAGAAGAAGCAACGGUAUAUAUUUAUCAAUUAAAAAAACAGGGGUUUAACAAAAGAUAAAUUUGGUGCUACUACCACAAAUGCUCCCGACUGCUCCCGGACGGCCGAGAAAUCGGCUGAGAAAUCGGCCGUGUUCGCGUUAAGCAACGCUGUCCUAAGGCCACGGGUCAGAUGUUGUGACCUCGGUGGUGGUGUUUUUGCUUUGCGGGUGGCCAAGCUCGUCACCGUUCGCAGGCCGCUGACCUCGCUUCGACAGCCGCGACCGUUCCCUUGUGUCGCCACCCAGUUCACGGCGUCAGCUGGAGGAGCCCUCUCACUUUUUUUUGUAGUUGGGGCCUCUUCCUUCUUAGCUCUUGUUUUUGUUUGCCUCUGGGACGCAGCAGCCGCGUUGCGAUCGUGAGAUGGAGGUGAUCCAGAAUAAGUCUCGGGGCGAAACCUUGCACCAGAGAGGUCACAGUUAAAGCAAAAAAAAGGCCACACACACGGGUAACGUUUUUCUCUCUGUGAUGCAGUCGUGGUGAUGUGGCUAGAGUUGCCACCUGUUCUCGUUUUCCCAGGACCUUUAUCUUGUUGAGAGAUAUCUCUCCUGGGAAAUCCUUAAGUCUUCCCGGGAGCAUUAAAGUCACGUUUUUUUUGUAGAACGACGCCACUCAAGACACCGCGUAUUUACACGUUGCUCUCCCACUCUUCCGGUAUCGUGAGAUAUUAUUCUUCCCAUAUGUCCCUGUUUUUUGUUUUGUUUUGUACCUCGGAUGUGCAACCCGAAUGGUAACGUGGCUGCCCCCAUCAGCGAUGUCAUGCGAUGACGCGUCUGCCUGCCAUUACCAUGUCCUCACGGGCUAUGCUUGGAAAUACGGACGUGAAAGAUGCCCGUCGUAAGUCGGACUUUCAUUUUACGGUUAAUUUAUCUGAAUUUAUGUUGAAGGUGUCAGGUACAUUACAAAAGGAUUACAAAAUGAGUAUUUUUUCAUAAUACUCUUUUUAUGAAAAAUAUGAAAUUAUUUACAGCCAAAAAACCUAUUGUAUUUUGUACAAAACAAUUCUAUAUUAAAUGCUUUGUUUGUUGUAUCUUAAAACACACGUAUAUUUAUUUUUUAAAUUGUAACAUUUUUUUUAUAAGCUGUACGUUCCUUUAAACAAAUGCCUUCCGAUGCAUUGGCAUAGUAUAGAUGCUUAUACAGUACCUAAGUGGACGCUGCCUGAACUUCACGCUACAUUUUUAUAAAGAAAUGUAAGAGUCAUAAAAUUACUAUUUAGGUGUUUGUGGUUGUGCUGUGGAGCUCUCCGGCGUGUUUCCAGGUUGUACCGCAUUUUGGUCUUCGUGACGGCAAAUCAUUUCCGAAGAAACGCCAAGCACGGGGUCCAAAACGUUGGACAUGGUGUUAAAGAACACGCGGCAACAACCUGGAAACGCAUCAGAGAGCGAUGCUGAGAGAGUGGAAUAAUUCACGAUUGUGUAAAGUAAUCAAUGUAUACUGAGCAUCAGACAGUGCUUGUCCACAUUGGAGACUGGUACCAAGAAAGGGAAUGUCACCAUCCUAGACCGUUUGUGUUAUUAUGUGUUGUCGCGUUUCCAGAGGGUCACGAAAAUACUCUCCUGCAAGAUCGCGGGUACAAUUAAACAAUAGCGCUCGCUUGGUUGUCUCCGAAUGGCUGGCCAACAUUGUGUUGUGUGGCACGUCUGUUGCUGAGAAGCAAUCACAGUGUUAUGCCAUGUUGCAGUCUCCGUUUGUUGCAGUGGCAUUAAAGAGGUUGUCGCGCUCACA